UAUAUAGUGUCGGCAAGUUAGUUCGUUUGCAACAUGCAUCUGCUUGUUUAACCAGUGAUAGGUAAUCUGUCUAAAUUAAAAACGAAAUGAGUAAUAGUAGCGGCACCAUUACGAAUGGUGGUGUUGCCCCACCUCAAGAGAAGCGUGACCUGUUGGCUCUUCUGAAGUUAAUAAAGAAGUACAACCUCAAGCAAACAGAGGAGCUACUUUGUCGCGAAGCUAAUAUCACUAAUCAAGAACUAGAAGAGGUAAAUGGUAUUGAAAUAAAUACUCUUCUGACCUCAGCUCUCGGUGAUGGGCACGAUCAUCAAAAUGGAUUGGCUGCUAGUGGCAUUGGUGGUUCCGGCAAUGAUCCAGAAAUAUAUGAAACGGCUUAUGCGGAUUUACGCAAUUUCGUCGAAGAAUCUUUAGACAUUUACAAACAUGAACUAUCCAUGGUUCUGUAUCCUAUAGUAGUGCAAAUCUACUUAAAACUCAUCCAAGGUGGUUUUGUAGAACAAGCACGAAAAUUUGUGGAAAAGUAUGGACCAGAUUUAGAUCACUAUUAUCGCGAGGAUUUACAAAAUUUACUUAUGAUAACAAAAAGGUCUGAUUUAGAAAAUAAUGAUUUCGUGUCUGCUAUGGAAUUAGACAAAUUCGUGAUACGGAUGUCUCGUGACUCUCAUUCCUUAUUUAAACGACAUAUCCAAGAUCGGAAACAAGAAGUGAUAGCAGAUAUAGUUGCUAAAUAUUUGCACUUUGAUACAUACGAAGGAACAGCACGCAGUAAAGCCCAAUGCGAUAUUAGCAAUGGAUCUUUAGUUGGUGAGGCCAAGCGACAGGAUAAUAAAAUUCGCGUUUAUUAUGGCCUUUUAAAAGAAGUGGAUUAUCAAACCUUGACGACGCCUGCCCCUGCUAUGGUAGAGGAAGAGGAUGAUAAUGAUCCAGAUGCACCAGACAAGCCAAAAAAGAAAAAACCCAAAAAGGAUCCACUUUUUUCGAAAAAGUCAAAAUCAGACCCCAAUGCACCUGCCAGCGAUCGAAUUCCACUACCCGAAAUGAAAGAUGCCGACAAAAUGGAAAAGGUGAAAGCCUUACGUGAAUCUUCUAAACGCGUACCGCUUAAUAAGGAUUCACUUCCGUCCGUAUGUUUUUAUACAAUACUCAACUCGCAUAACACAGUUACAUGCGCCGAAAUAUCGGAAGAUUCCACUAUGAUGGCUGUAGGUUUUACAGAUUCCAGCAUCAAAGUUUGGUCACUUACCCCGGCAAAAUUGCGAGAAAUGAAAAGCGCCGAGUUGCUCAAAGAUAUCGACAAAGACGCUGAAGAUAUCAAUACUCGUAUGAUGGAUGACCGUACAGGCGAGCCAUCCCGUACCUUCUAUGGUCACAAUGGCCCUGUUUACCGUUGUGCUUUUGCCCCAGAGAAAAAUUUACUUCUCUCCUGCUCCGAAGAUACUACCAUUCGCCUAUGGUCAUUUCACACAUGGACAUGUAUAGUGGUGUACAAGGGUCAUCUUUUUCCAGUAUGGGAUGUGCGUUUCUCACCGCAUGGCUAUUAUUUCGCUUCUUGUUCAUACGAUAAAACCGCACGACUUUGGACUACGGACUCAAAUCAGCCAUUACGAAUAUUUUGUGGUCAUCUCGCCGAUGUUGAUUGUGUUCAGUUUCAUCCGAAUUCUAAUUACAUAGCUAGCGGUUCGAGUGACCGUACGGUUCGAUUGUGGGAUGUUUUGAAUGGGCAACUAGUGCGACAAAUGUGCGGUCAUAAGGGGCCGAUUUAUACCUUGGCUUUCUCCACUUGUGGACGAUAUUUAGCAUCUGGCUCAUCAGAUCACAAUGUACUUGUAUGGGACUUAUCACACGGCCAACUAGUUGCUUCACUGUUGCGACAUACAGGCUCAAUACACACGAUGUCUUUCAGUCGUGAUGGAAAUAUACUUGCUGUUGGUGGAUUGGAUUGUGUUUUGACUUUGUGGGACUUUUCAAAACUCACGGAAGAUUAUUUAGCGCAAAGCGGUGCGUCUUCACAUAAUCCUGACCUUAACGACAGUGAAACAUAUUUGCUGCGCACAUUCCCGACCAAAUCAACACCUUUCCUAGCGCUGCACUUUACGCGUCGCAACCUGCUCCUAGCUGUUGGAAUGUUCAAGUCAUCCUAAAAGCGUUGCAGUGGAACUUAAUUUUAAGAAAUUCGUAUAAUCUUGUAAAUCUAAUUUAGAUAUUAAGGAUUCCUUUUAAUGUGUAAUAAACUGAAAUCGAUUUUCAUUAUGAAA